AUGGUCAUUCACAUUGGACCUUCCAAGACGGGAACUUCAACCAUCCAGCGGGAGACCAUUGCAAUGGAGCCAUUCCUUGCCAAGGACAACUUUGUCUACAUUGGAAAAUUUGCAGACAGAAAGUUUCGACAACCAACACAUGCUCCUGUGCUAUUGAAUCAUGAUAGAUGCUUUCAAGAAGCUGCAACGGCUUGGAAGCAGAACCAUACAUCUCAUUUCAAUGAAACACCUUGCUGGAAGGAUCGAGUGUCAGGCAUCAUGAAGUACUACCACAAAAACACCAGUAUCAUCCUGUCUGAUGAGGGGUACAGCUACAAGAGUCGAUUUGAUAAUCGUACCUUUUAUCAACUGCUCAGUGUAGCAUUUGAAGAUUGGAAUGUUGUCGUUGUCCCUGCCUACCGGCGUUAUGCCGAAUGGCUGCUCAGUGCUUCCAAAGAAGUCAACCGAAAAGGAUGCUUAGGCCCUAAAGCACCCUGGAAACACAACAAAGGACGCCCUUGCAUGGAUCUAUGGAAAAUGACAGAUCGGGAUAGAAAAAGCACAGAGUUCGGAGCAAGUUACUACAAGAAUCUGGAUGCAUCCCUUCCAGCAUGGCGAGAAUCUGGGUUUCGCAUAGCCUUGCUUGAUUUCCAUGGAGAGGAACAUCUCACUUGCAAUCUAUUCUGCAAUCUGAUCCCUAAUACACCAAACACCUGCAAGGAAUGUCGCAAGCGGCCUCCCAACAGGCUCAAUGCUCAAUCUUCUUCGUUUACAGCUUACAAUGACAUUCUCUUUGCAGCAGAGGAGCAGGGAGUGCUUCCUGAUUCCAUGUUGCAGAAGACUCGUUAUGAGGCAACCAUGGAACUGACACACUAUCACAGCACAAUCCUUGGUAAAGGGCUCAAAGAUCUUCCCCUGAUUUGUCCCAAACCAGCCCACCUGGACCAGCUAUUGAACAAGUCACUGGCUUUUGAAAAGAUGGUCAUGCCAACAGCAUACUACCUUGAACUUCAAGAGGUACACAGAGCUGCCUUUUGGGAAAUUGCAAACGAGAAGAAAGAGUUUUGCUCUGUGGAUGCUAAAAUGCUUCUGAAUGGGAAGACUUCCUGGAGGGAAGUGCAAAAGGCAAUGAAGAAAUCCAAAGAGUGGCCCACAUCGUAUUACUAG